AUGCCUGCCAUGCGUAUUUAUCUCCCGGGCUAUCUAUCCAGAAAAAGAAAGACUUAUCAACCAAGAGUAGCCGGGCAAAUACUAACUGAUGCUGCUUGUAUAUAUCUCCUGCGAGAUCGAUAUCCUUCUAGCUCUAAGCUAGCACUUAGUGCUAAUGCGCAGACCGGAUUAACUUUCCGCAGGGCAUACAGCUCGGCGGGUGUCAAAAAUUUCCUCCGGGGUCCUAAGAUUCUGCCACCGCUUUUCCCAUCGGGUCCUAAAGUCUUUGGGACCCGCUGGUUAGAGAUUAAGGUUACCUAA